AUUUCCCCUUAAUGUGUCAAAACAACAGAAAGAAAAAGGAAACAGGAAGGAUCGUUUCAACACAACUGUUUUACCUCCAGUAAGAAAACGAUGGACUCGCGCUUCACUCGAGGAAAGUCCACCAUUCUGGAGCGACCUCUGAGCCGACCCAAAACCGAAGUGAGCCUGAGCACCUUCGCCUUGCUGUUCUCGGAGAUGGUCCAGUACUGCCAGAGCCGGGUGUACUCGGUGAGCGAGCUGCAGACCCGGCUGGCGGAGAUGGGUCAGCGUGUGGGAGCCAGCAUGCUGGACGUUCUGGUGCUGAGAGAGAAGAACGGGAAGAGGGAGACCAAAGUGCUGAACAUGCUGCUCUUCAUCAAGGUCAAUGUGUGGAAGUCUUUAUUUGGUAAAGAGGCUGACAAGCUGGAGCAAGCCAAUGACGACGACAAGACUUAUUACAUCAUCGAGAAAGAUCCUCUCAUCAACGCCUACAUCUCCGUUCCCAAAGAGAACAGCAGCUUGAACUGUGCGGCCUUCACUGCAGGCGUGGUGGAGGCCAUCCUCACUCACAGCGGCUUCCCCGCCAAGGUCACCGCCCACUGGCACAAAGGCACCACCCUGAUGAUCAAGUUCAACGAGUCGGUUAUAGCCAGAGACAAGGCUCUGGAUGGCAGGUAGAGACUGCAGCCCGGCGGGGUGAAGAGGUUCUGACCCAGACGUACAGAGGUCUAGUGAUGACAGAUGAGUUUGUGGAUCAUUUAAUGUGUUGUUCUUAUAGGAUGUGUUGUUUGCUUUUGUUUCGAAUCUUUAAUUAAAUAUAAAUAAAACUUUGGCUGAUGAAUAAAUUGCUCCUUAAUUCAUGAUCAAUAAUGUGCUGUAAAUAUCUUUUUUUUUUUAAGGCUCACCACUUCCCCUACUGCAGAUAUCUUUUUAAUUAACCCAUUAAAUGAAGUCAGGGAUUGGAACCAGUCAGUCAUUAGAUUUUUUUUUUUAUGAAAUCAGACUUCUUUCUCUGUACGCUCAUUCAGACUUAUAUUUCAUACAGUCACCAUCAGACUCCAGGCUGAGCGUUUGCCUCGGUGUGACUCCAAUGUGCAGAAGGAAGGUAUAGACUAGGGCUGAAGUCCUGAAUUGAUUCGAUUUUGAUUCAUACCUUUCUAAAUCAAUUAAUUUCGAUUCGAUCUGUUUUUACAAUAAUGAAAGUGCUUCAACUGUGUUUCAAAACACUUAUUUUAUUUUUUUCCUGUCACAUUAAACACAAAGUGCAAACUUGUAUCGGACAGUUUAAACUUGAGAUGUGAACAAAACUGUCUCAAAAGUGCAAACUUGUUUGUGAAAAGUGAAAAAGCCUCACAUGAGCAAGCAGAUAUGACACAGCAGACAUGCAUGAGCUGCAUUA